AUGGCUGCAAAGGAUAGAGAGGUUCUUCCCGAUGUGGCGAAACCGGUUCACUAUGAUGUCUCCUUAUUUGACAUGCAGUUGGGUGACUCUUGGGGCUACAAAGGCAUCGUCAAGAUAGACUCGAAAAUCACCCGCUCCACGAAGGAACUUAUAUUGAAUUCCAAGGAGAUCGAGGUCCAGAAAGCUGAGAUUUUUGAAAAAGAUGGGACGAAAGUAACCCAGGCGUCUGAGAUAAUCUAUGACCAGAAGUCAGAGAGAGUGACUUUCAAAUUCCCCCAGGAAAUCACACCAUCGGACGUUGUCCUAUCCCUGGCUUUCACGGGUAUAAUGAACAGCUCCAUGGCUGGUUUUUAUCGUUCUAAGUACAAGCCUGUUGCGAAACCUAGUCCUGACACCCCAAGGGAAGGUGAUUUCCAUUUUAUGCUGAGCACUCAAUUUGAAUCCUGUGAUGCACGCAGGGCUUUUCCAUGUUUUGACGAACCGAAUCUGAAAGCUACAUUUGAUUUUGAAAUCGAAGUACCGAAAGGCCAAACAGCUCUAAGCAACAUGCCUGUCAAAUCUGAGAGAGAAGGCAGUAGCCCUAGUCUGAAAGUAGUUUCUUUCGAGAGAACCCCCGUGAUGAGUACUUACCUUCUAGCUUGGGCUGUUGGUGACUUUGAAUUCGUCGAGGCAAUGACCCAUCGCAGAUACAACGGGAAAAGCAUACCUGUGCGCGUCUACACGACGAAAGGUCUCAAGGAGCAAGCCCGAUUCGCUUUAGAAUGUGCACAUCGUACUGUUGACUAUUUCUCGGAGGUAUUCGAGAUUGAGUACCCCCUACCCAAAGCGGACCUCCUUGCUGUUCAUGAAUUCGCCAUGGGAGCUAUGGAGAAUUGGGGCCUUGUAACAUACCGAACGACUGCCGUUCUCUUCGAUGAGGGCAAGUCAGAUACUCGCUACAAGAACCGCAUUGCGUAUGUUGUUGCCCACGAAUUGGCCCAUCAAUGGUUCGGCAAUCUUGUAACUAUGGAUUGGUGGAACGAACUGUGGCUCAACGAAGGUUUCGCGACCUGGGUUGGAUGGCUGGCUGUCGACCACUUUUAUCCCGAAUGGAACAUAUGGUCUCAAUUUGUCGCUGAAGGAGUACAACAAGCAUUCCAACUCGACUCAUUACGCGCAUCCCACCCAAUAGAAGUGCCUGUAAAGAAUGCUCUUGAGGUCGACCAGAUUUUCGAUCACAUUAGCUACCUUAAGGGAAGUUCCGUGAUUAGGAUGCUGAGCGAUCAUCUUGGUCGGAAUACUUUCCUCCGGGGAGUAGCUAGCUACCUCAAGACCCAUGCUUACGGUAAUGCCACUACCAAUGAUCUUUGGUCUGCGCUCAGUGAAGCAUCCGGUCAAGACGUUAACAGCUUUAUGGAUCCAUGGAUUCGUAAGAUCGGUUUCCCAGUUAUAACAGUGACAGAAGAACCUAGCCAGAUUUGCAUUCGCCAGAACCGAUUCCUCUCUACUGGUGAUGCAAAUCCCGAAGAAGAUGAAACAACUUGGUGGAUUCCGCUUGGAAUCAAAUCAGGCUUAAACUUGGAGGAGGUGAAUUCUCGCGCUCUUGUUGCCAAGACUGAUACUGUCCUAGGCGUCGGCCAGGAUUCGUUUUACAAGAUCAACAAGGAUCUUUCUGGGUUCUACCGGACGAAUUACCCGACUGACCGGCUGGCAAAGCUUGGUAAAUCUCUAGAACUACUGAGCACUGAAGACAAGAUCGGGUUGAUUGGUGAUGCCGCUGCUCUUGCUGUGUCUGGUGAAGGCACCACUGCUGCUCUGUUAGCCCUUCUUGAAGGCUUCAGUGAGGAGCAGAAUUAUUUGGUGUGGUCACAAAUUUCUUCCUCGCUUACAAAUCUUCGCUCAGUAUUUUCUCAGAAUGAGCCUGUAGCUGCCGGACUGAAGGAAUUUGCUCUUAAGUUGGCAUCACCUGCUGCCCAUCGACUUGGUUGGGAGUUCAAGCCAGGCGAAGAAUAUCUUACUGUUCAGUUACGAAAACUUCUUAUCGGAAUGGCCGGCCUUGCAGGUGAUGAGACGGUUAUUGCAGAAGCCAAAAGACGUUUCGGGCUUUGGGCUACAGGCCAAGAUAAGAACGCAAUUCACACGAAUCUGCGUUCAGUCAUCUUCGGCAUCAACGUCUCGGAGGGCGGCUCCAACGAAUAUGCCUCUGUCAAAGAAGAGUAUCUCAAGACGGACUCUGUUGAUGGAAAAGAAAUCUGCCUAGCAGCCCUUGGACGCACCAAAGAUGCUGGACUGGUCCAGGAUUACCUAGACUUUGUAUUCUCGGACAAAGUGGCAAUCCAAGACGUACACAAUGGCGCAGUCUCAUUGGCUGCGAACUCAAAGGUCCGGCGUCUACUCUGGGAGUAUAUGAAGGACAACUGGGGUACCGUUGAGGCUCGCCUGUCGGCAAAUAACGUCGUCUUUGAGCGCUUUGUGCGAAUGGGCCUUUCUAAGUUUGCAGACCAAAACAUUGGGGAGGACAUUACUUCGUUCUUCCAGCACAAGGAUACAAGUGCCUAUGAUCGUGCGCUAGUUAUUGUUGCGGAUAGCAUUCGGACCAAUGCACGCUAUAAAUACGACUAUCUUUUCAAGCUCCUUCUUAUCGGAGAUUCCGGUGUCGGAAAAUCAUGCUUGCUACUUCGGUUUGCAGACGACACCUACACAGAGAGCUAUAUCUCCACUAUUGGUGUUGAUUUCAAAAUCCGAACAAUCGAACUUGAUGGCAAGACAGUGAAACUUCAGAUUUGGGACACUGCGGGCCAGGAGCGGUUCCGCACCAUUACUUCGUCUUACUAUCGAGGUGCUCAUGGUAUCUGCGUCGUGUAUGAUGUUACUGACAUGGAUUCCUUCAACAAUGUGAAGCAGUGGCUCCAGGAGAUCGAUCGCUAUGCCACCGAGGGUGUCAACAAGCUGCUUGUGGGUAACAAGAGUGAUAUGGAGGAUAAAAAGGUCGUGGAGUACACGGUGGCAAAGGAGUUCGCCGAUAGCCUUGGAAUACCGUUCCUGGAGACCUCUGCUAAGAAUGCCUCGAACGUCGAGCAAGCCUUCUUGACAAUGGCAAGGCAGAUUAAGGAGCGUAUGGGUACCGCCACUGUCAACAACAAGCCGACUGUGCAGGUUGGCCAGGGCCAGGGUGUCCAGUCUGGGUCUGGAGGCGGUUGCUGCUAAUUGAGCCACUGAGUCGUGUUGCACAGUACUACGUUAGCCACCUCGGUAUGAAGCAGGGAGGUGUGCUUGCCAACUGCGCCUUGGCACUGAACAGCUCUAACUGAAAUGUGAAAUGGCGCAGAUGGCAUUGCGGAAAUUUUUGCUAUUUUCAAGCUCGAGAUGAUUAUUGGGAAUCAUUUCAAAUCCUUCACAAUGCUUUAGACGGCCUGCGAUUGUCUUUAUAUGUGCUCAUAUUACUGGUACCCUUGUUGCCCCUUCCCCACCCACCCCCCUUCUUUGUUACACGCUGCUCGUUUUGUGAUUUCUUUUACAGCAUUUCACUAUUAGUUUCUUCCAUAUCUUAUUAGUAGGUUGGAUUCCUUGCGAUUUUGUCAGGAACAAAUUAAUGGAAAAGACCCUGAAUGUUCGG